GUGGAUCUCUAGUGGCACUUGAAUGAUUUGUAACUAGAGAUUUGAUUUCUUCAUUCAAUCGCUUAUCUGGAUUAGUGACUUUCACCGUGGUCUUGACUUAUCAUAGAAGUGUCCGAAACCUCUCACACCCGGCUGGAUCCUAUCACAACUCAUCUGCCCCUGUGGAUGUAUGGUGUUAUUUACAAACCAUAUCAUUCAGACUGGAACAUGCUGCGUCUAGUAAGACAUGUGAUAACAGGCAAACCAAAUCCCAUCCGUGGCAGGAUAAACAAAGUCAAAGAAAGCCUGAAAAGCCCCAAAAAUGAGGAUGCAUUUUAUUAGGUGCAUCACACAGCAGGUAGAUGCACACGUUGCCAGAAAAAUUACAAUUUCCCCUUACAGUUUCAUCACGUUCUCCAAUAUGCUUCAUAAGCAUUACGCAUGAAAUGUGUGCUUCAACCCCUUAUUGCAGAUAUCAAAGCUUAAUUUACCUAUUCCAAAAGAAAAGGAAUAACAAAUAAUUUAAAAAAAUAUCCUAACCAGCAUUUUGACGACCACAGCCUAAACUCACUCAUUUCUCUCCCAUCCCGCAAACUCUCUCGCAACAAAUAAGCACGAGAGCACGCGCUUAAGAACCCUGUACACUACACACGCUACAGAGAUUGCACGCGAACAAGUCGGUGACGUUUUGCUCUGCUCGCAUCACCUCUCCCUUCUUUGCGCGUAUGCGCGUUUGCGCUCUGGUGCGCCAAGCGAUCUGGUCGGUUUUCUCGGUAUAGGGCGAGCGAUUUUUCUCUUCUCUGUUUGUGUUUUCUGUGACCGUUCGAAGCGUGCGGACGUGCGUGGUCGUUGUUCCGGCAACAGUUUUUAAAACCGCACGCUUGCUGUCUUCUGGAAGCCUCAAUCGAGCAUAUAUUAUAACACUAGAAAAAAAAGCGCUACGUUUGCAUUCAGGCGCUGCUAUCGGUUGUACUUCUUUGGUCCACUUGGGGCAACUUUACGCUUAAAACCGUGUGUGUUACUUUGUAAGCCAAAUUAAGCAAGUGCAAAUUACAAAACAAGAAAACGAAGCGCCGGAAACAUCCAACCAAAGAUAGGAAACAAUAAGUGGCAACAAUAGCAAAUUAAAAAAAACGCGAAAAAAAACGAAACCGCACCCUGAAACAAGGAUGAGCCGCGUUACGCCCGCGUAUUCCAACCAUCGACGAAGGUGACAUUCUUCGCACACAAGUUUUCGCAUUGUCUUCCUUUUUUUUCGUUGCCCGCCUUCGGCAGAGAUUCUUCUGUCCGUUCUUCGAGAAACGGCAUUAAGCACAAACAGGAAUCGCUCCGUUUAUGCUGGUGCAGCGUAAAUACACCAAAGAAGAAAUCAUAAGCAAACGGGAACCCGCUUCGCUUUACGACUGACGGAAGUUUGCUAUUUGAUAAGGAAAUCGAAGAAAAUAUCGUACCGCCCCAGCGGAAGAACGCACUCUUCGUUCGUUUCUUAGCAACGGCUCGUGUUGAAGUAAUAUAACGUCAUUACGUCUAUAUUUUCCUACUACAAUAACAACAACAACAAAAAUACCCAUCAUUGCGUGAAAAGUGUGAAAAAGGAUAGUUUAAAACGUGCGUGCGCGAGUGUGUGUGUGUCCUUUUUCUUUUAUCAUCCCGGGAGCAACAGUGCACAUAAAAAGUAAAUGGUUCCUUGGAUGAUACUCUCCAGUACAACAUAAAUGCAGUAUACGUGAUUCGAUGUGGUAAAGCGGUGUAUGUAUGUUUGGUGUGAGUUUUGGUGCAAAACGGUGAAAUCCUUCCUAUCGGGGUGAUAGCCAAAUAUCACCAUUUUCUGCGUCAAAGUAGGGCUUGGUCCGGUGCCAUUAUUUAGUGCUCGAGGGAGUGCUGCUGCUGUUACCAAAAUGUGUGUUCGUGUGUGUGCGCGUACGUGUGCAGAUUCAACCGUACGUACACGAUAGCGUGCGCAAUUGGUGUGUAUGUGUGUGAAUAAGCAGGAAUUGUGUGUUUGUGUGUGCGCACCAUUAACGGUGGUGCACCAAAUACAUGCUGCUGCUAGUCGUCCAGGACGAUUGUCGUCACCUAAAACGUCGUCCUGUGUAUCCUGUGCGAAAAAGGGAGAAUCAGCAGCUCACCAACACCAGCAAACGCAACGGGACACCCUGUUCACCCCUUGUGCUUUGUGGGGUGGAUGGCACGGAAACCAACCGACACAAAUCUAGUGUCCAGUUGAAAGAAAAACAAUAGUGUGCAGUUUGACGUCAGGACAGGAGCGACCGAGGGCUAUAUAGGCAGCCUGCUUUCAUUUUCCUGCUGCAAUACACACGCCCCAUUAUCACCAAAAACAUGGCCGUUCCAGUGUUUCUCGAAGGUCGCAUCGGUUCCACACCGGACAAGGGCGUCCCCGAUAUGACCUGCAUAUCGGACAUUGACGAGAACGGUAUCAACCGCAACCUGAAAGUGCGCUACGAGCGGGACCAAAUUUAUACGUACACCGGAUCGAUACUGAUCGCCGUCAACCCGUACAAAGAGAUCGACUGUUACACUCAGGAAUAUGUUGCCAAAUAUCAUGGUCAGAAGCUGGGCCUGCUGGAACCGCACGUGUUCGCGAUGGCGGAAGCCGCCUACCGUAACAUACGCGACAACAACACGAACCAAUCGUGUGUCAUAUCCGGCGAAUCGGGUGCCGGUAAAACGGAAACAACCAAAUUCAUCCUGCAGUAUCUGUGCUCGGUAACGUGCGACGUCUCGACCUGGGUGCAGCAACAGAUCCUCGAAGCGAACACGAUUCUGGAAGCGUUCGGUAAUGCGAAAACCAUCCGCAACGACAACAGCUCCCGGUUCGGCAAGUUCAUGCAGGUGUGCUUCGACUCGAAAUGGUGCAUCAAGGGUUGCAUCAUACAGGACUAUCUGCUGGAACAGUCGCGCAUCACCUUCCAGAGUCCGGGCGAACGGAACUAUCACGUACUGUACCAACUCGUUGCGGAAGGCACAACGAACAAAGAGCUAGCAGCUGCCCUUCACCUGCGUGAUGCAUCAUUCUACCGAUAUCUGAACUCAUCCGGUGGUACCGGAGAUGCAGGCACCGAUCAAUCCGCGCUAGAGAUUGUUACCGAGUCGAAGCGGUUCGAAGCGUUACGGUUGGCGUUCAACGUGUUGCAAAUUUCCCAACCACUGAUCGACGGUAUAUUCCGUGUGCUGAGUGCCAUAAUGUGGUUGGGCAAUCUGAACUUUGCCGACGUCGAUGGGGAACGGUGCGAGCUGGCACCGGAGGAUGAUGAGAUUGUGAAAAUUGUCGCCCAACUGCUGGGGUUGCAGGAAGCGGAUCUGGUGCAGGUGUUGCUAAAACGGCAGAUCAAUGUGCGUGGCAACAUUACCGAGAUACCGUUGAAGCUGCAGGAAGCGGGCGAAAAUCGACACGCGAUGGCGAAGGCACUGUACUCGCGUACCUUCGCCUGGUUAAUAAGCCAUAUCAACACGUGCAUCAAUCCGGGCCAGGAUGCGUCCCGGUUUUUGGGCGUGUUGGACAUCUUCGGGUUUGAAAACUUCAACACAAACUCGUUCGAGCAGCUGUGCAUCAACUACACGAACGAAAAGCUGCACAAGUUCUUUAACCACUACGUGUUUGCACUGGAGCAAGAGAUUUAUCGUCAAGAGGAGAUCAGAUUCUCCCACAUCCAGUUCACCGAUAACACGCAAUGUCUGGAGCUGAUCGAGAAGCCGCCGCGCUGCAUACUCAAGCUGCUGACAGAACAGUGCCAUAUGCCGAAGGGUUCAGACACAGCGUAUCUCACCAAUCUGCACAGCGAGUUCGAAUCGAACGGUAGCUACGUGAAGGGACAGGAUCGACGCCACUGGGAGUCGGAGUUUGGCAUACGCCAUUAUGCCGGCUGUGUCAGCUACACCGUCAAAGGUUUUGUCGAUAAAAAUCGUGACGUGCAGCAGGACGUCCUGUUCGACCAUAUGAGCCGGAGCAUGAAUACGUUUGUGCAGGAGAUCGCUUCCUUCCAGGAUCUUUUAUCGAUUCAGCACGUCCAAUCGGCAUCGUCCGCGACGAGCACCGUAUCGCGUGGUACGUCUAAGGGAAAGCUAACCGUCAGCGACACGUUCCGGCAGCAGCUGCAAGCUCUGGUGGAUGUGCUGCAGAGCACAAACCCGUGGUACGUGCGGUGCAUUAAACCAAACUGCGACAAACUGCCCAACGAUUAUGACGAUCAGCUCGUGUUGGAUCAGUUGCGUUAUCUCGGCAUGCUGGACAUUAUUCGUAUACGGCGCGAAGGCUUCCCGGUGCAUCUGACGUUCGAUGACUUUGUGCAGAAGUACCAAUGUUUGACGAAGCGAUUCCGCAACAUGUCCAGUCAGGAUCAGGCGUUGGCCGUUAUACGCGAACUGAACGUUCCCACCACAGAAUGGCAGAUGGGACGCACGAAGGUGUUCCUGCGUAGUGUCGUACACGAACCGCUGGAGGAUGCUCGCAAGCAGGUGAUCAACUCGAAAGCACUGAUCAUACAGCGUAAUUGGAAGCGUUUUAGCCAACAGCGCCAGUACAGGCGGCUACGUACGGCGGCACUUAAGAUACAGCACGCGUACAAGGGCUGGAAGCUGAGGAUCGAGUUCUUGAAGAAGCGUCGCGCUGCCAUCGUUAUACAGAGCCACCUGCGGGGUGUGUUUGCGCGCGAAGUCGCCACGGCACUGCGUGAAAUGCGUCGCGUCGAUGAGGAGAUGCGCAAACGAGAACGACUGGAAGCGGAACGUCGUGAACGCGAAGCAGCACAGGCGGAAGCGGAUCGGAAGGCACUGGAGGAAAGCGAAAGGGUUGCGAAAGAAGAAAUUCUUGCUUUGUCGCAAAUGGCUGAGCAGAUAAACUCGAAACUGCACUCACAACAGCAUGCCGCAAACAAUAACAGUCGCCUAGCGCAAGGCUCACUGCAGCAGAACGGACCGGCCGGUGGUGAUUGUAAAGGUGCCGGUUCGCUGCAACCGGGCGGUGCCAAGGGGGCCGGUUCCGCCAGCCUGCAGAGCAACGAUUCGGUUGAUCUGGACAAUUUGUUUGCCUUCCUCAGCGAGGUACAGCCGAACGCGAACUCGAACGCCAUCAUCGACGAGAUUGGCGAGAAGAUGGACAAUCUGGUGGAGGAUCUGGACGUGGAGCUGGAAUCAGUCAUACAGCAGGAGAUUGAAGGGUUGACGAGCGAGCGCAACAAUAAUGUUGCCGCGGCAUCCACGCUUAAGGGUGGCCCACUGAUCAAUGGCAACAACAACGCGAUUAGUAGCAGUAACAACAAUAAUAACAAUAUUAACAACAAUAAACCAACCACACCGAAACCGAUGGGCGGGAUCCCAUCGCUGCCAGAACCGACAAUGCCACCACCGCCGCCACCGAUCGAAAACAACAACCAUACACUUCCGGCCGCGCAGCCACAUCACCCGGCAACGCUGCACCAUAUCCGUCGCCACGAGGAACCAAUCUACGAGGCCGUUAUACACCUAAAGGAGCUACCACCGCCACCUUUAGAUGCACAUGAAAAGGUGCCACCGAUUCCGCAACAUCAACCAGCACAGGUUCCGAUCGUUCCAUCGCAGCAUCAUUCAACGGUCGCGCCACCACCGCCAGUGCAUGCCCAUCAGCAACCGGUACCACCGCCUCAUGCUCAUCAGGCCCCGAUGCAUCAUCCAGUACCGCAACCGGGCGCGACACAUCCGCCACAACCGGAAGCACCACCACAGCCACCGCCCCAUGCGCAUGCCGCACCUAGUCACGCGUACGUUCAUCUCGAGAACGGAACCGCUGGCCACAAGCUACGCCCGAAGAGUCCGGCUGUCAUACGAUCGGCAAGCCCGAUCCAGCGUACCGGCCCGAAUGGACCUAUGAGUCCGUCCUCUCCGAAGCACAGCCGGCCUAGCUCGCGAGCCUCCUCAACGGGCGGUGGCCAUCCGUUCGCCGAGCGGGAACAGCGCCGCAAAUAUCGCGUAGAGAAGAAGCUGCAGGAAAUGCAACAGAUGGAUAUAACCGAGCGUGAAAAGGAACUGCUGCGGGAUGACGUGUACUACGAUAUACUUGAGUUUGCCGAAAGCUUCUACAACACGCACGAACGAUCGCCGGAAGGUACUAUUAUGGCGACGCUAACCCGCAAAGGUCGCAAAUCGGUUGACAUGGUGCCGAAGUACGAGAUGAUAACGUACUAUCGCGGUACGACGAUCCCAUCGUCCCACAUACACAUGUACGAUCCGGAAAAUGUGACGAUUGCGUGUAACAUUUUCCGCGACCUGUGCAAAUACAUCCGGGGCGAGCUGAACAGCGAGCGGGAACUGCAGGUGAUCCAGUUCAUCAUCGGGCAGGGCAUCGAGAGGGAAGAGCUGCGAGACGAAAUCUUCGUACAGUGUAUGCGGCAGGCCACGAACAACCCGAGCGUAGACUGGACCGAUCGUGUCUGGCUGCUGCUGUGUCUUACGAUCGUCGCCUUCCAGCCGAGCAAACUGCUCUUCCGGUACUUCGUAAGCUUCCUGAAGAAGAAUCUCGAAUCGCUCGAAGGCAAACUGCGCCAGUACGUGCAGUGGUGUUUGGAUAAUUGUAAAAACACCAAGGUUCGCUGUCGCCAGUAUCCACCGUCGAGCGUGGAAGUUGCAGCAAUGCGACGACUUGGAACGAUUGUGUGUCGGUUCUUUUUCCUCGACGGCCGCACAAAAGCGAUCGAUGUACAUCCGACCGAUACGGCAAGCGAUGCCGUGGCUAAGCUGGCGGAAAAGCUCGGACUGUGCAAUAUCGAGGGCUGGGCAAUCUAUCAAUCGCGCCCAGAUGGUGAAGAGCACGUGAAAUCGCACGACUAUCUGUACGACAUCAUCGCCGCUUGGGAAGCCAAGCAGACGAAGAUCCACGCGUCCAGCUCCACGCUGCGCAAGAACGCAACCACGCUGGGUUCGGGCGAGAAUCGGUUUGUGUUCAAGAAGCGUUUGUUUAAGAGCACGCGAGAACUUUCGCAAGACCCGGUCGAGGUAAACAUGUUGUACGCACAGGCCGUGUACAGUGUAGUGAAGUGUGAUGAUUUCCCGGUAUCGGAGAAGGUUGCUCUUCAGCUGGCCGGUUUGCAGGCUCAGGUUGCCCUCGGCGACCCGUCGAAUCAACCGAAACCGGAGUAUUAUUCGGACGUGCCGAGCUAUCUGCCGGAGCGCAUCUCGAAAACCCGUGAGGAACAGUUCUGGGUGCCGAUACUGGCCCAAGCUCAUCGACAGUACGGUUCAGGACGCACGGAGCUAACGGCGAAGGUGCUGUACCUGUCGUGUGUCAUGCAGUAUCCACUGUACGGCACGACGAUGUUCGCCGUGUCCUACCGUGGCUAUUGGAGCUAUGGCAACAGUCUUAUACUCGGCGUUAACUGUGAGGGUAUCAUACUGAUCAAACCGGACGACAAGUUCGUCCUGUACGAGUUCCGCUACGCCGAGGUGGAAUCGAUCAUGCUCGAUCCGAGCGACAGCUUCAUCACGAUCAGUUUGAACCGCCACACGAGCACCAGCACAGAUCAGCAACGGUGCUUCGUGUUUGAGACGGCACAGAAGAACGAGAUCGGUUCAUUGAUCGUGUCGUACUAUCCGGCCCUUUCGAACUGGAUCACGGAGAACGAGGUACCGCCGAAGAAGAGCAAAGGCAUCACGAAUGAGGAUCGAGUCCGGCUGCACCACAACUUGGUCGUCUGCCGGCGACAUCUGGUCGAUGCGGAGAUACUACGCAAACCGCAGGACCCAAGCGGUGGCUUCCUGCGUAACACAUUGCGCCGACUCUCCAAACAUCGGCUGGAGAAGCUGCGUGCCGAACACGGCAGUCCGGUGCACGAUCAUGGUGAAACCUACAAAGGUUUCCCUCACGCUUACUGGGCAUUCAGCCGACAAGCGUUACCCCAAAGCCUUAGCAAGCUGCCCGAUCAAGAGGAGCAGGCUAUGCUGCAGGUGUUCAAUUCGAUCCUAACCUACGCUGGUCUCGGGCAAAACGGCGAAACAGUUCAGCGCGCAGAGGACGAACACAUUACGCUCAUACAGUCGAUCAUGGAUCGUUGCAUGCGCAAGGAGUCGCUGCUGAACGAACUGUAUCUGCAGCUGAUCAAGCAAACGACCGACCAUCCCGAUCCUAACUCACGCGUAAAUCUGCGCCACUGGGCGCUACUUUCCCUUGCCUGUAGCGUUAUACUGCCACCGCAGAAGGUGGUGCGCAAGUAUCUGCUAGGACAUCUGAAACGUUGCGCUAGCGAUUUCAUCACCGAGGAGGGCAAGUAUGCACGCUUUGCGGAGAAAUGUUUCUUCAAAACGCAGGGCACACGGCGCCGCCAGUGGCCACCGUCACGGGAGGAGAUCAUCUGCACCAUCAACCGGCGACCGAUCUACGCGCGGUUCCACUUUAUGGACGGACAGUAUCAUUCGGUCGAGUUCCACCCAAGCUCGACUUCUCGAGAGGUGAUGGAAAUCGUGAAGAAAAAGAUCGGACUGCAGGAAAAUGCACUGGGGUACGCUAUCUACGAAGUGCUGGGUGCAUCGGAACGGAGCUUACUGCCGGACGAAAAGGUUGCUGACGUUAUGUCGAAAUGGGAAAAGUAUCGUACCGCGGCCGCCCAGGCGGUGCAGCAAAAUCAAAGCUCCAACUUACCGCCCGCCUGCCGCCGGCAGCAUCAUCUGUUUCUGUUCAAGAAGCAUCUGUUCUGCGAUCAGUACAUGAAUCUGGACGAUCCCGUCGAAAAGGAAUUGCUCUAUCACCAGGUGCUACACGGUUUGCGUACCGAACGUUUUCCAAUCACCGAAAUGGAGGCUAUUAUGUUAACUGCUCUACAAGGACAACUUGAGCUGGGCGACAGUUCGGACAUUGUGCAGGAUUAUCGGCCAAUUGCUGCCCACUGUCUGCCACCCCGCUUCGUACCGAACAUCCCGCGCGACAGUGUGGCCAUGCAUCAUCAGAGUCUGCGCGGCACUACACCGGCGGAAGCGAAGAAAUCCUUCCUGAAUCUCAUCCAAAGCUGGCCCCUCCAUAAGGCUACCAUCUUCGACGUGAUGCAAUCGUUCACCUCCAACUGGCCACGGAUGCUCUGGCUGGCGGUAGACCAGAAGGGACUUCAUCUUCUCGAACAUCGGUCACGCAAUACGCUCUGCACGUACGACUAUCAGUCGAUACUUUCGUUCUCGCCCAACAUGAACUGUCUCAUGAUCAUUACCGGCUCGGAUAAGAAACAGUCGAAGGUUAUCCUUACCACGGCACAGGCCUUCCAAAUUGCCAACCUUAUACGCGAAUACAUGGAAGUGCUUCAGCGCCAGCAACAAUCGCACGUGGAUGAUACGCAGAAGGAAAAUCAAUCGUCCGGCGCUAACCAACCGCCACCUGCUCCACUGGUGCCACCGCACAAUCAACCACUUCCACCACCACACCAGCAUCUUCCGGUGCAGCAGCAAGGUGUUGGUGGUACUGUAGGAACGGCGACGGAUCUACGAAAGGCUGGCCAACGACCACCAUCGAUGCUGUUGCGUCAGUCCAGUGCCGCACUGGUGGCACCACAGCCCAGCUAAAUCCCCGUAACGAUUGACAUCAUCCGCAGGCACUAAGACUAAGUGACGUUAGCAGAGUUAUUCGUACGAUCGUACGAUGACAGUGAGACGGAAAUGGGAAAUCAAACACGAAACGUAAUCAAAACUGUUUGUUCGUGGGAGCGUAUCACCUUUCCCCAUCCCCGGAUAGAAGCAUUUCCACGUCGUUUGCGACUAUUUAGUAUCCCCAUACGCUAAAGCUAGUCCACCUUCGUGCUGCUGGUAGAGAAGCCAAGAUCAACUUGCUAACAUUUUCGUAUUCCUUUUUGCGUAUCCUUAUUGAUUCACCACGGAGCACGUAGAGCACCUUAAGCGCUUCUACAAUCCCUUACCUGCUCGGAAUAGAAUAAUGGCGAUAAACCAAAAACGAAAAACCCGUAAUUAAAAAACAAAACACAGAAUCGUUGCUUAUUGUUAAUGAGAUAGUCAGUUUUGCGGGGCGAAGUUUACCAGCCCCGCAAUGGUUACGAUGGGUAAGAUAUUUAGGAAAUUUAGUGCAUUGUCUGCAUUUGUGCGUUGUUUAGUUUAGGAUGCGAAACACUCUAUUUCAACCUAGAAGGAGCGUUAAUACGCUGCUGUUCUUUUCUUAGGUUCACACUCUAAAACUUAGUAUCCUAUUUCCCCGGGGUUGAUGCAAUGGUGUGUUUGCGUGUGUAGUGAGUUUCGUUCACUGCCCGUUUUAGUAGUAACAAAAUGGAACUGACCACGGAUCACGCCACAUAUGUCGGCCGGGGUAGUAAUAUUGUUUUUUUUUUCUCAUACGAGUAGAUUGUAGUUACUUUGUGAUGUAGGCUUACUUUAGUGUAUCGUAUAGACCUUUUUUUUCUUCAUCAUCCAUUUUUGAUGGGUAUUGUUUCUCCCCAAUUCUUGCCGAAUCUCAACCCGCUUCCGGGAAGAAUUGUGUGUGUUUUUGUGUGAGAAAACAUACCAAACAGAAAACUGUGGGACUCAGGCCAUUAUUUACAAAUAUGUAUGUGUUCUCUUUUCCGUUUCCCAAAAACCAUUUUCCAUUCCCCCCUCACCUUUUGUGCAUAUUACACACGUGCUAUUUAUUGUUGUCUGAUGCCGUUUUCAAACUUACCACACUAUAUGUGCACCAUCAAACCAACGAAAACCCCCGGAGUGCGUUGUGUUCGUACUAGAGGAGACACGUUUUAGUAGUAAGACGUUAGUGGUUAAGUGCGUGCAAGUUUUGUACGAUUUAGUAGCAAGCUAAUGUAUUCGACUUUAGUUUUAUUUGUAUACAAAAAACUGCAACGUGUAUCCGGUUGAGUCAACUUUUCUUGGUGGAUGAGUACUCUUUGUGCAAGAUGCCCUUUUUUUAAAGCACGUUCUAUAUAAACUCUUGGUGCGUAUUUUAGAUUAUUUCAUCGAACGAAACAAAACUUUCGUACUGUUUUUAAGUAGGAUUUUGUUUUAUUAAAAACGUUCCACCAUUUUAGCAGCGAAACAGUGUUCGAUCUUAAACUUGAUCUUCAGCUUCACCUUCACUCGAUUGCCAUCUCUUUGGCCAUUAAAACAGAACGGUACCGUUUUCCCCGCACCAAAAUGCGCGUGUAAAAGUAGCUAAGGUAAAUUGUGUACAAAACAGAGUGAAAAAAUGAUAACAAAAAGUAGUCAAAAGCAAAAGUCUUAAGUCGUGUGGUGUAGCCGCACGAGUAUGAAACUGUUAUUAAUAAAUUUUGUAGUGCGAAAUGCAGCAAGACUCUAAAUAGUCAUUUCACAAAAAGCCUACCGUGUAGCAAGAAGUAGGGCCGCAAAUAUGAACAGCGUGAAAGGACAAAGUUCUUAACUGAAUUCUUUUCGCCUCCUCAAGUGAGUGCAUUAUCGGAUAGAGCAAAACGCACUGAAACACGACAGUUGCAAGCGUGGAUCAAAACACCGUGAGGGACGUAUGUCGCAACUGUAUAAAAGGUUAAAGAAAAGGAGAACGUAAGGGAAGAGAUUUGCGUUUGGACAGUUAGACACUGCAGUGCACUAAUGAUAUGAUGUGAAGCACAAAUAAUCUAUCGACUAGUCAGGGGGGUAGUACGACUGAUUUUCCUUUAACGUGUAUAUUCUACUCUGUUUUUUAUUGCUACAUCGAUUUAAGAAAAUGUCUCGCGUUUGCCACUGCAAAAUGGUUUUGCGAAACUGAAAACGCGAUAAGAUAGGAAAGGGUGUAGUGCAAACAUAACUUUUUCUUUCUAUAAAUUGAGAAUCUUUUUACUAACCGCUGCGAUAUUUUAGUAUCAAGUUUUAAGUAAGCUCUAACUUUUCAACUCUAUCCAACGACAAAAAAGGAAACAAAACGAAAACAUUUGCUAAACCAGUUUUUGGUUAAUUUAGGAUACCGAUUUUGAUUUAUAUGGAAUAUAUAAAAUGAUUGCAGCUACAUUUGCAUUCUCGUACGAAACAAAGAGUGCCACGUUGAGAUAUUAAACCAUACGAUAUCAAGUAAACAACCCGAUUCCAGCCGGUAUGCCGGUACGGAAUCCGUAUAUAAUGUUAUCCAAUCCAUUAAAACUGAAAUAAAAUAUAUUGGUAAUCGUUCCGCAUGCAAAA